AUGAACAAGUCUUCCACUACUGAUCAUCAGAAAGAUGGUGAUGAGGAUGGCGGCGCAGCAGAGAUUAUCAGUUCCUCUCCUGAUGUUGCAACGAAGGACCUUGAAUCAUUGGAUUCUUCCUUCUCCAAUCUACUUAACAUCAAUGAAAGACCUUCUCAAACUCAAACUCAAGCUUCUGGUUCUCGUUCUAGGGGAGGAAGAUUCAACAAGAAAGAACUAGGUGGUGAUGUAGCAGUGAAUGAUUCUUCAUUGCCAUUGGAUUCUAUUCUGAGUUUAACACCAAAGAAGAGAAAAGAGAGAUCCUCUGAAACUCAACCAACUUCUGCGGAAUCUUCACCCAAGAAAAGAAAGGAAUGCGACCGUGUUUAUCGAAGAAGAAGCUUCUAG